AAGCACUUUGCACCACAGACAGAUAGCGAGGGAGGAAAAGGCAGAGUGAGGGAGAGAAAAAAAUAGAAGGACACACUCGGAAAGGGAGUGAGGGAGAGAAAGAAAGAGAAACAGAAAGUUGUGUACAAAGAAAACAGCCCCCUUAUAUUCUAAGCACUAUUUUAAAAACAAACAAACCAACCUGUAAGUUAAGAAAAGAAACGGGAUAACCUGAAUAAUUAAGACAAUGAAAAAGCCGAAAUUAAUUUAGGAAUGUGUACUUCAAUUUUAUAGUGGCUGGGAACUGAAAGUGCAGCAGUGUCUUUAACGGACUCAAAGAGGCUACUGGAUCAGGGACUUUUUUUUUUUCAACAUCUUAAGUUCUGGGGGGGAAAGGAGCAGUUUAGAGUUGAAUGAGUUGAUGGGCAUGCUCUAACUGCUGGAUUUGAGAAGCUCACUUGAUUUUGCCAUCUCUGAUCAUUUGAAAGAGAUGGCAGUUUAGGUUUAUUUGCAAUCUUAGUUUCUUUUCUUUUCUUCUCCCCCUCUUUUACUACCAUCUCCUCCCCCGAACCCCUCCUCCCCUUUCUCUUAAAUGAGGGUGCAAAAGGGAAACCAGAGAAUUCAAGCGAAGUGACUAAGGAGGCGGAGAAGAUGGGUCUACUGAGCAUAGACUUGUUGAUUACACUGCAAAUCCUGCCAGUUUUUUUCUCCAACUGCCUUUUCCUGGCUCUCUAUGACUCGGUCAUCCUCCUGAAGCACGUGGUGCUGCUGCUGAGCCGGUCCAAGUCCACUCGUGGAGAGUGGCGGCGCAUGCUGACCUCAGAAGGGCUACGCUGUGUCUGGAAAAGCUUUCUCCUGGAUGCUUACAAACAGGUGAAACUGGGUGGAGAUGCCCCCAAUUCCAGUGUAGUCCACAUUACCAGAGCUGAAGUUGGGAACGGUCAACAGAACAGUUCCAAGUGGAAGAGAUUUGAUGGGGGAUAUGGAGCUGAGUGCCAUCUCCUGGAUUUUGCCAAUCCUGAGCGUCCACUGGUUGUCAACUUUGGUUCAGCCACUUGACCACCGUUCACAAACCAGCUACCGGCCUUUAGCAAGCUGGUGGAAGAGUUCUCAACAGUGGCUGACUUCUUGUUGGUCUACAUUGAUGAAGCUCAUCCAUCAGAUGGUUGGGCGGUGCCUGGUAACUCCUCUGUGUCUUUCGAGGUGAAGAAACACCGGAACCAGGAAGACCGCUGUGCAGCAGCCCAUCAGCUCCUGGAGCGUUUCUCCUUGCCGCCCCAGUGCCAGGUGGUGGCUGACUGCAUGGAUAACAAUGCCAACAUAGCCUAUGGGGUAUCCUUUGAGCGUUUGUGUGUUGUGCAGAGACAGAAAAUUGCUUACUUAGGAGGCAAGGGCCCCUUUUUCUAUAACCUUCAGGAAGUCCGACUUUGGCUAGAAAAGAACUUCAGCAAGAGAUGAAAUCCAGGAUAGUUGGAGGAAUUUGUGAGUUGCAUAGUGCCCUAUUAAAAAUAACAAAAAAGGAAGGGGGGAGGAAGAGAAGGAUGUGUGGAUCCACAAUUUCAACUGGAUCUUGUUUAUUCCCCCACUGCAGGACAGCAGUUUUAAUAGGCAUCUCAGAAGAAUAAAACUAUCCCUAACAAAUCACCACUUCCCUACCAAACAAUAAUAACCACGAUGGUAACAAUAAUAAUACCUGCCUAACCAGUGACCCCUUGUUACUUUUUCACUUUUUGAAAAAGAGCCUAAGAACCUGUUUCAAAGUGUCUGCAUCCUGCCUUGAGAUGGAAUUAAACAACUGGUGCUUGCUUUGGAGAAAUUGGGGGAAGAAAAGUUCAACUCGCACUAGAGAAAUGCCAGGCACGAAAGACUCUGUUAGAAUAGGGAUUAUUAUCUUAACUUUAUCCACUAUGAAUAGAACACUUGGUAAAUCCCUAAAUAUUUGUUUAUCAUGAGUCUGGGGUGGGGGGGAAGGAGAGGGUUGGUUUAUAGGGUUGUUGUCCUGGUUUUUAGAGUGUUGGUAUCAUCUCUGGCUCUUUCUCUUAGUGUGUGCUGUUAAGAUGCUGGCUGAAACAUCCAAGAAUUCUCAGGAUAUUUAGGGGUAGUUUCUGAGGACCUUCCCUUAGUUUGGAGGGUUAAGAUUACUCUCUGGUCAAGAGGUGAAGUAGUUGUAGGAAGUACACUGGACUUGGAGUUUUAUUUCCUGAGUUAAAAUUCUGACUAUCAUUUAGCAAUUGUGGGGUCUUAGAUAAGUCAUGUAAGAUUCUUGGUCCUCAGUUUCCUUUCCGUAAACUGAAUGUGUUGGAUUAGAUGAUCUUUAAAGGCCCUUUAAACUGAAAAGCUCUGUAAUUCCUUUGAAAAUGACAAAUAGGGAAAGAGAAGGCUCAAAGAUCAGGAGAGUACAGAGUUUUACUUUGAAGUUGUAGAGUGGGCAACUAAUUAGUUAGGAAUAGAAACACAUACCCACAUAUGAUUAAUUCUCCAGGUCAGAGAAAAUAGUUCUGCUGAAACCCAUCUGAGACCCCAUGAGUGGGAAACAAUUUAUUUAUCCUAUAAUGAGAGAGAGAUAUAGAAAGAUGAAGGGUGGCUUUGCAUUUUUUUAUAUAAAAUAAUUUAUUUGUCUGUAGUUUGUGUAUUUGGAGUGGGGGAAUAAAUGAACCAUGAUACCUCACUAAGCAUGAACUAGUGCCAUAGGUUACUCUGUGACUACAACAGUGCCAAUUGUUGAAAGGUUACAUAGCUCCACUCAUUCCUUGGCAUGGAAUACUUGUUGGUCUCUGUAAUAAUGUUCUGUAUGUUGAGCUGAAAACAGUUUACUCAUAUUUCAUGAAUCUUCUCAACUGCCUUGUGGGGAAUGAUUCUCUGGUUGCUCAACUACUCUGUUACCUUAUUGUUCCUCAAAAGUAGGUGAACUAGCAAAAAUGUCACAAAUUCACAAAUAUGGUUUCCUCAGAAAAAUGAGUGUCAAGUCAUCAAGCAUUUGUUGAGUGCCUUCAAUGUGCCAGGCACUGUACUAAGUGCCAGAGAAGGUAAAAGACAGCUAGUUGGGGAUGAGUCCCAUCCAGAUAUAUCAGAGACUUUUUACAGUGCAAUCCACAUGACAGUUAUGGGCUUUGUUAUAACAAAAUUUCCACAUUUACACAGAAUUUAGAAUUGGAUCUGUCUUGGGCUGCUCCCUCCACCAAGGGCUAGUCCUUAGAAAUACCCAAAACACUUUGUUAUAUAUAGUGUAGUCUUCUGUACCACACUGUUAUGUGCCACAGAUGGAUUUUUAUAAAACUACGAGGUUAUAUAAAACAUUAAGAGAACAAUUAGUUUUCUUGGAGGUCAGACUUUAGAGAAUAUUUAAAGGCUAGGUAAUAAAAUAUGAACAGAUUUUUUUUGUAAUUUUGAGAAAUUCAGAUUUCAGUAUGUGUCAAUAUUUACAGACAUAACUCUUAGUAAUUAGAAAUUUUAAAGAAGACCAACACAGGAACAACACUCAGCUCAGGUGACUGCAUCUGGAAAUAAGCAAGAAUAGGAAUGGAUUGCAAAAGACAAACUCAUCAUCCCAUUGAGGAAAGUCAGAAACUCAAAUACUGAAUUCGAAUAUCACAAAAAUAAAGUUUCAAAAUUGGAGAAAAGAAAAUCAGUACUGAAGAACAGCUCAAACUUUUUCCCCCUACCAAGUUAUCUAAACCAGCCAGCAUUUUUUGGUGUUUUAUACACAUUUCCAGAAUAGGUAAAUAGAAUUGCAGGGUUCUGGUUAUUUAAUGAACUAGUAGUAAAUAAUAAAUUUUUUUUAAAAAACUAGUAUCAAACAUUUACAGAUUCCUGAAUUUUUCUCACUUGGACUUAUUUUUUGCAUUAAAAAUCAUUGGUUCAUUUUCCAGUUUCUUUGUUUUUCAGAAUGGGGUUAGGAUUUAUAUGGUGCCCUUAAAGAGAUCUUAUAAAAAUCAGUGGCACUGCAUGAAUGAUGUUUUCCUUGGAAGUAUCUUCUUGUUUUUUCCCCUAUAUACAGAACGGGUAUAGUAUGUCAGAGAAGGUGGGGGGAGGGAAAGUGAGAUUUCCAAGAAGGUGACGCUCAUUGUCCAGAGAGGAGUGGAAGAAAAAAUACUUCUGUGUUCUAGUUCUGCUACAAGUAUGUAAGGAAGUGUGGGAUUAUUAUAGGUGAGUCCUGUUCAGAGGAUGAAUAACAGGGAAACAGCAAUGGAAGUUAGUAAGUGAAAGUUAGGCCAAAUAUCAGGGGAAAAAUUAUUUUUAAUGGGGAGGUACAUCCACAUAGAGCAGAUUCCCCAAGGAAGAGCAUGGAAACCCUGUCACUACACAAGGGUAAAGAAAUGUAGCUACAUAUAACCCAUUUCAUACCUCUUAACAAGCAUGACCCGAGAGGUUGCUUAUGUCUAUAUUAUUAUUACCCAUGUUUACAGAACAUGCUUCUUGCCACAGUUUAUUUUCAAACAUCCUAAAAGUCCUCUGGGAGAUGAAACAUCAUAUUUUUGGUGCUAAUCUUUCACAUACAUAUGUAUAUAUACAUAUACAUGCAAAUGUAUAUAUAUAUAUACACAUACUGCCACAACUGUGAUUUGGCAUCCAUCCUCUCAUCUGAUCAAUUUCCUUUGACAGGCCAUGUUUUUAUGGGGCUCUCAGUUUAAAUAUGUUAACUGGAUUAGCUUGUAUAUCAUUGAAAUAGUUUUCUAGCUACUUAAGACUUUGUUAGAGGCUAUGGAUUCAUAUUUUAUUCAACGUUUCAAAGGUUUAUGACUUGGAACUGUUCAAAACUUACUUUAUUACCUAGAAGAUUGACCAGAACUUUAUCAAAUGGGCAUGAAUAAAAUGUCAUCAAGUACUUGCAGACAUAGUUAAUAAAAUAUUAAAAUAGCUCCUGACCUUACAAGAAGCAAACAGAUUAGUAAUGGUCAUCCAGCUUUGCAUAUUUGAAGUGAUAGUAAUUUAACUUACAUGGCUAUCUGUGUGCUGUGUCUUCAUAUGCUCCUGAUUUUGGGCACCACUGCUUUUUAAACUUUCUAAUCAUCUGAUAAAGCAAACUGCUACUCUACCUAAUCAUUCCCAGCCCUGAUUAUGUAAAAAAGAUCCUCAUUCUGUCCCUUCCAGAUAUCUGCUCUCAGUCUGGUCCCAUAGAUGGAAGCAAUGAAAUAGACUUAGUGAUUUUCUAUUGCCUAUAGGUGCCAGAAGGAUGGUGUUAAAGAUGAUUUCCUUCCUCUUGGAAAAACUUCUAGGAUUUGGUUAGGUCACUUCUGUACCUGUCUUCUAUAGACCAUGGAUAUGGAGACCAGUCCCAGUCAUGGGAUAAUAUGAAAGGAUGAGGACCUUAUCUCCUGUGAACCUAAGGAAGGAUCUCAGAAUUGAGUUCAUUCAGAAUUUCAUGUUUAUUUGUGAAGGCAGAGACUAAAAAUAAGCUUUCUUCUACAGUUAAGGGACUGAUGAAAAAGUCAAACAUUUAGAGUUCCUUGGAAUCUGGCUGUGUCAUCUCUCUCAGUAGUAGUGGUUAGCAGUAAGAAUCUUAAAAAUUGAGAGUGAAAGACACAGCUGAAAUAAUUGUUUUUGGUUGUGCCUCACCUCCUGCCUUAAACUUAAGGAAAAUCCAAGCUGUUUUACUCACGUUUCAUAGUCCCAACUAUUUCCAUAUGUAUCUCCCACUCUGUGAUGGGAGUUCCCUUAAAAUUGCAGAAGAGCCCUUCAGGGGAAGGAUUUUGGAGAAAGGAGAGGGGAGAGGAAAGAGUUGUAUGAUGAAGACCUUGGAUCCUAGCUCAGUAAAUGUAGGAGGAAAAAGUCUUUCUCAAAUCACUCCUCAAAACAGCACUGCUAAGCCUAAAUGGGGCAGACUGGGUUAAGAAUCAGUCAUUGUCAGACGGUCUCUGAGCAGACAGAUGCUGUUCUGAAAAAAACAUUGAGCUAAUAGAAAAUCAUUUUUUACAAAGGUUGAAAAAAGUCUCUUCAUGGAGUAGUGGUAACUCUGGGUGGCAGUACUAAGGGUUUGGGGAGUUUAUUAUUUAGUGAUUAGAUGUUGGAGUGUGUACACAGGUUUAAUGGAGUCACUAUUUGGCUCCACUAAUCAUAACAAUAAUUUUAAAAAUGUGAACAAAUAAAACACAAGCAAAUCAAUGAAAGAACCCCACAGAGAGAAGUUUUGCAAGUCUUGGGCUAGCUACAUCACUGGAUGACAUUGUUUCAACGUGAUUGGGGGUUGGGAGCAUCAUUGAAGACAUACGCAUUCAGUACUACAUAACCAAAGCAAUGAAAGGUAUUGGGUAGGGAAUAUUGGCCAGUGUUGUUCAGUUGUGUGUCAUUUAACCACAGUCCUCAUAAUCACUAGCCCAAGCCUUUGGGCAUCUAAAGUGGGAGACCAAGCUGUGGAAGGGCUGCCAGUGUGCAAAUGAUGACCCCUAACAAAAGAGUCAGUCACUCCGUUAGAGGUUGGAUGUGGUCACAGUGGCUUGCUGCUCCCUGCCUUGGAGUCUUCCUAGCAAGGAGAUUAAUUUGGUGUACGAUAUUAUGAGGACUUGGUAAACAUGGUGAGGACACAAGAGUAUGUGUGUUCGUGCAUGUUUGUAUGUGUGUGUCUCUGCUUAUCCAUGGUGGAAACAAUUGCUUUGCAGAAUGUCAGCAAGAAAUGUGUUACAAUACUGGUGCUGAGUGGAAUGUGUGCUUUAAAAAAA